AUGUUGGUUAAGAGUUUAGUUGUGAUCUUAUCAUUGAUUGCCUUAGGCAGUUGCGAUUCUCGAAUUAGAUAUCGAUUUUAUAGAGAAGCUACAUAUGUUGAUGACUACACAUUCGCAGACUUCAACACAAUUUUAAGCAAUCCAAGUUUCAGCAGCUCAAGACAGACAGUCAUUUUCCAUUAUGGUGCCGGUCAAACUCUCGCAACACCACAAAUCCACGACAUUAUAACUGCAUAUGCUGUAAAUAGACAGUUUAACUUUAUCGUUAUUUUCUAUGACAAUUUAAAUACGAUCAGCACAGGUGAAGCAAACGCUCUAGCUGAAGGAAUUACAGUCAACCUUCUUGAAAUCUUCGACCGUGGCUACAACUCAGGACUCAUGAACCUUCUUGGUUUCUCUCUUGGUGCACAAAUCAUGGCUAGAGCUUCACGUCAAGUCCAAUCACGUUCAAAUCGCAGACACAUUGUUUCAAGAUUAACAGGUCUUGAUCCAUGGAAUUUGGGAGCAAUUUCUAGCAUCACUGUCGGAAGAUUAAGCUCAUCUGAUGCACAAUGGGUUGAGUCUGUCCAUACAGAAAGCUCAAAUCGUGGUGAUCAUGAAUCACGUGGACAUAUUGCAUUCUUUGUCAAUGGUGGAGUUGCACAGCCAAUGUGCACGCAAACACUUCCAACAACAAGAUGGGAUUGUAGUCAUGUCUUUGCACUAAGUGUAUGGGCUGAAUCUGUUCGUGCUUCAAGUCCUAUUUUCCCAUCACUUUCAUGUGAUUCGUGGUCUCAAUUCCAGGCUGGUCAAUGCAAUUCAAAUCAAGUUGCUAAUUUAGGCAGAACAAGCUUCAAUACAGCUAUUCGUGGAUCAUAUUUCUUGUCAACUAAUAUGCAAGCUCCAUGGUCGAGGAAUCAGGCUCAACCUUAA